GUACGUGUUUGAGAACGUUGGUAAGAAGCGAAUUCUCACCAUCAACAAGUGCACGCUGGCGGAUGACGCUGCCUAUGAAGUAGCUGUCAAGGAUGAGAAGUGUUUCAGGCUCUUCGUCAAAGAACCUGCAGUCCUGAUUGUCACACCUCUUGAGGACCAGCAGGUGUUUGUGGGUGACCGGGUGGAAAUGGCAGUGGAGGUGUCAGAAGAGGGUGCACAGGUGAUGUGGAUGAAAGAUGGUGUGGAACUGACUCGGGAGGAUUCCUUCAAGGCCCGGUACCGCUUCAAGAAGGACGGGAAGCGCCACAUCCUCAUCUUCUCAGACGUGGUCCAGGAGGACAGGGGUCGCUAUCAGGUCAUAACCAAUGGCGGCCAGUGUGAGGCCGAGUUGAUUGUGGAAGAGAAACAGCUGGAGGUCCUGCAGGACAUCGCAGAUCUGACGGUGAAGGCCUCAGAACAAGCGGUGUUCAAGUGCGAGGUGUCUGAUGAGAAAGUGACGGGCAAGUGGUAUAAGAAUGGGAUCGAGGUGCGGCCCAGCAAGAGGAUCACCAUUUCCCAUGUAGGCAGGUUCCACAAGCUGGUGAUCGAUGACGUCCGUCCCGAGGAUGAGGGAGACUACACGUUCGUGCCUGACGGCUACGCCCUGUCGCUCUCGGCCAAGCUCAACUUCCUGGAAAUCAAGGUGGAGUACGUUCCCAAGCAAGAGCCACCAAAGAUCCACUUGGAUUGCUCAGGGAAGACCUCAGAGAAUACGAUUGUGGUUGUGGCUGGAAACAAGCUGAGGCUUGACGUGUCCAUCACAGGGGAGCCCCCUCCUGUCGCUACCUGGCUGAAGGGAGAUGAGGUAUUCACGACCAGAGGCAGGACCCGCAUUGAGAAGCGGGUGGACUGCAGCAGCUUUGUGAUUGAGAGUGCGGAGCGGGAAGACGAGGGCCGCUACACCAUCAAGGUCACCAACCCCGCCGGCGAGGACGUGGCUUCCAUCUUCCUGCAGGUUGUGGAUGUCCCAGACCCCCCAGAGGCCGUGCGCAUCACCUCGGUUGGAGAGGAUUGGGCCAUCCUUGUCUGGGAGCCACCGACGUACGAUGGGGGGAAGCCAGUCACCGGGUACCUCGUGGAGCGGAAGAAGAAGGGUUCUCAGCGCUGGAUGAAGCUGAACUUUGAGGUCUUCACGGAGACCACCUAUGAGUCCACCAAGAUGAUCGAGGGCAUCCUCUAUGAGAUGCGUGUCUUUGCCGUCAAUGCUAUAGGGGUCUCCCAGCCCAGCAUGAACACCAAGCCUUUUAUGCCUAUUGCACCCACAAGUGAACCCCUGCACCUGAUAGUGGAGGAUGUGACAGACACCACCACCACACUCAAGUGGAGGCCUCCGAGCAGGAUCGGGGCAGGUGGCAUCGAUGGGUACCUGGUGGAGUACUGCCUGGAAGGCUCCGAGGAAUGGGUCCCUGCCAACACUGAGCCCGUGGAGCGCUGUGGCUUCACCGUCAAGAAUCUCCCGACGGGAGCCAGAAUCCUCUUCCGAGUCGUUGGGGUCAACAUCGCGGGGCGCAGCGAGCCGGCCACCCUGGCCCAGCCGGUCACCAUCAGGGAGAUUGCGGAGCCACCCAAGAUCCGGCUCCCCCGCCAUCUCCGCCAGACCUACAUCCGCAAAGUGGGCGAGCAGCUCAACCUUGUCGUCCCCUUCCAGGGAAGGCCCCGGCCCCAGGUGGUGUGGACCAAGGGCGGGGCCCCGCUGGACACCUCCCGCGUGCACGUGCGGACCAGCGACUUCGACACCGUGUUCUUCGUGCGCCAGGCGGCCCGCUCCGACUCCGGGGAGUACGAGCUGAGCGUGCAGAUCGAGAACAUGAAGGACACCGCCACCAUCCGCAUCCGCGUCGUGGAAAAGGCUGGGCCCCAUAACGUGAUGGUGAAGGAGGUGUGGGGCACGAAUGCACUGGUGGAGUGGCAGGCCCCCAAAGAUGAUGGGAACAGUGAGAUCACGGGGUAUUUCGUCCAGAAAGCAGACAAAAGACCAUG